AUGCCUUCAAUUGAGUAUCUGCAGUCUCUUACGCUCGACCUACCGCCGAGCUGCAUCGAGUUCUGGCCUCGCAACUCACAGUACGCUGUUAUUGGGACGUACAAUCUCGAGAAACAGGAUGAGUCGAAACCAUCAGAACCUGCACAAGAGGAGGGGCAGAAGAAUGGCCAGCAACGUAAUGGUAGCUUGAUAUUAGUCCGGACCAGAGACGAUCUUGUGUAUAUCAUUGGAACACUGUCAACAUCUUCAGCUGUCUUGGACGUCCAUUUCAUACCAAGUGAGGAUCUGGGCUCGAUAUUUGGUGUAGCAACAUCAACAGGAUCAAUCGGUAUUUACGAGAUUGUACAGUCCCAUGGGCAACUACCCAUGAUCGAACACGUCAAAACCAUUCAAUACUUCCCGGAAAAUGUGCUCAUUACCGCGUUCUCGUGGCAUCCCGAGACUCCUGCAGUCGGCAUGACUCUUUCGACCGGCAAAGUUUGUCUGGGAAUCGUGGAUCUAGGAGAGGAGAUAGAGUCCCCAUCGCACAUCGACAUUGGUGGUCACGAACUCGAAGCCUGGACGCUUGCGUUCCUUCCAAACGGAUCAGGACUGUAUUCUGGGGGUGACGAUAGCGCUCUGAAAUUUCUGGAAGUAUCCGACAACCCUACAAGUGUUCAUGAGGGAACUCCCACGCCUUCUGGGAGGAUGCCAUGGACGGACAAAAAGAUACACGGAGCAGGUGUCACUGCAAUCCUUCCCAUCGCUUUGGACGACACAAGAAGUCUGAUCGUCACUGGCAGCUACGACGAUCAUAUUCGACUUGUUCAAGUUUCUAACGCUGGACAUCGUCAGGUUCUCACCGAGAUGAACCUUGGCGGAGGCGUUUGGAGAUUGAAGAUGCUCGAAAGGAAGCCAGUACUGCCGGCAGAUUGGGACUCUUCAAAACCUAUCCCAUGUCCAGACGAGAUCACUCUUCUCGUGAGCUGCAUGCAUGCUGGUACUCGCAUCAUAAAGCUUGUUCGCAGCGGGGAGGAUUGGCAGUUUGAAGUUCUCGGAAUGUUUCAGAGACACAAGAGUAUGAACUAUGGCAGCGAUUGCCGGCCAGAGUUUAACGCGAAGGGUCAACGGACAUUCAUCACGACGAGUUUCUAUGAUCGGCUAGUGUGUCUUUGGAGAUUCUGA